UCAUCAACAUAUGUGCUGACCUCACAGCUAUAGCCUAGCAAAAUGGAUACUGAUUAUUCACAUGCCAAUGCACAUCAUACCGAAAACAUUUUCCCUCAUUGGUGCCAGACUGACAUUGUACAACACAUCAACAUUUGCCUUAGUCCCAAUCCCUUAUUAUCUAUUCUACCCUACUUCCACACAAAAGGCAGGAUUGGAUAUUUCCUCACGAAGGGUGGAGACUGAAAGACAGAGACAUAGCACCCAGUACCUUGACCAAAAUUUUGGCUCAUAACUCUUUCUGAUUCUGUGUUAGCACUACUGAAUCCAUAGACAUCUUUGUGGUCCAAAAUAAGCUGCAGGAAAUGGCUCUGAAUAUACCUGGGUUGGUAACUUUGAUUGUGUUUUAUGCAAUAACUUUGGCUAUUGGAAUUUGGGCUUCUUGGAAAAGCAAAAAGGAGCAGAAGAAUGGGAAACCAAGUGAGAUGGCCAUAGUGGGGGGCAGGAACAUGAAUUUCUUCAUUGGAUUAUUCACUGCAACCGCAACAUGGGUCGGAGGAGCAUAUAUCAAUGGUACAGCUGAAACUAUCUAUCUUCCCACAAGAGGACUAAUAUGGGUCCAGGCGCCAAUAGGAUUUACUUUGUCCCUUCUUAUUGGUGGCAUCUUCUUUGUAAACCCAAUGAGAUCCAAGAAUUAUUUGACAAUGAUGGAUCCUCUCCAAGAAACAUACGGGAACAAGAUUGGAAGCCUUCUCUUUAUUCCACCAUUGAUAGCAGACAUAUUCUGGUUUGCAGCUAUUCUUGGUUCAUUAGGGGCAACAAUGAGGGUCAUUUUGGAUAUUGGAAGCUAUUUGGCCAUCAUUAUAUCAGCAUGCAUUGUUAUGCUCUACACUUUACUGGGAGGCCUGUAUUCAGUUGCAUACACAGAUGUGAUACAGCUAAUUUUUAUUACACUCAGCCUGUGGAUCUGUGUCCCGUUUGCCCUGCUCAACUCUGCAACAGAGAACAUUUAUUACACUGCUGUUCAGGAAUUCUACCAAGCCCCUUGGAUUGGGAAAGUGCAAACAGGAUAUCUUGGAAGAUGGCUGGAUGACUUCUUAUAUCUGGUUCUUGGUAGCAUCCCAUGGCAAACUUAUUUCCAGCGAAUUCUCUCUGCUGCUUCACUAAGACAAGCAAGGCUCAUUUCCUAUCUCUCAGGACUGGGGAGCUUUUUAAUGGCUAUCCCCUCUGUGCUCAUCGGAGCCGUAGCAGCAUCCACAGACUGGAACCAGACGAGCUAUGGUCUUCCAACACCAUUGGAGAGAGGAGAGUCAGCCAUGAUACUGCCACUUGUGCUGCAUUAUCUCUGCCCGACCUACAUUUCCAUUGGCGGCUUGGGAGCAAUUGCUGCAGCUGUCAUGUCUUCUGCAGACUCCGCCCUUCUCUCUGCCAGCUCUAUGUUUGCACACAACAUCUACAGGAAAAUUUUGAGGCAAGAGGCUACCGAGAGAGAAGUUGUAUGGAUGAUGAGAGUCUCCAUGGUGGUGUUUGGGACAGCAGCCGCAGGCCUGGCUUUCCUUUCUAACUCUGUGUAUGACCUGUGGUUCCUGAGUGGGGAGCUGGUCUAUGCCCUUCUCUUUCCCCAGCUCUGCUGCGUCCUCUUCAUUCCCAACACCAACACAUACGGCUCAGCUGCUGGAUUCUUCUUCGGGUUCCUGUUAAGGCUGCUGGCAGGGGAGCCUUCCCUGAAUAUUCCUCCUGUUAUCCACUACCCAGGCUGCUCCCUUGUGGACGGGGUCUACGUUCAGCUGUUCCCAUUUAAAACCUUCACCAUGCUUCUCACUUUGGGGACUAUUGUCGCUAUUUCAUACCUGGUGGCAUUUUUGUUUAAGAGAAACCUGCUUCCUCGCAGAUGGGAUGUUUGCAGAGUAGUAAAAGAAAACAGUGCGUUCAACCCCCCACACAAUCUGUGCCAAAUAGGGAUGUAAUAGUGUAGUUGAUUAACUGAUAAGCAAAAGGCUUAUAGGUUAA